AUGCAUUCCGCCAGUGUUUUAUUGAGGAACAGUGUGUUUUCCAGUCCAAACUUUAAGUGUUCUACUGUUCGAUUUGUCCAUAUUGUUAUGAGGGUUGCAUCACAUAAUCGGAAGCCGGUAGCGAAAGGAAUAUUGUGUUAUGGGUACAAUAGUCACAGCUCGCAAAACACUCGUGUAUGUAGUUUUUUGGGGGGCUAUUUACCGUCGCAGAAACAAGUAGGUAGUUUUAGGUUGUAUUCUACCGCCAACAAGGAUGAUCCCCCUGAAGACGAGCCAGACGUGAAGGUAGAGACCCCGCUGUUCUCCAGCCAGCUUCCAGCGACUGUCGCUGUGCCUGAGGUGUGGCCCCAAGUGCCUGUUAUUGCUAUUAACAGAAAUCCAGUUUUCCCUAAGUUCAUUAAACUUCUGGAGAUAUCAAAUCCAGCAUUAAUAGAUCUUAUUCGUCGUAAGGUGAAAUUAAACCAACCAUAUGUGGGUAUAUUCUUACGCAAGAAGGAAGAUGAGAAGUCUGAUGUAGUUUCUAGCCUGGAUGAUCUGCACCAGGUGGGAGUAUUCGCACAAAUCCACGAAAUGCAGGAUAUGGACUACAAACUUCGGUUGGUGGUACUGGCACAUCGUAGAAUCAAGAUCACGGGGCAGUUUAUUGAGGAUGAAAUUGAAACUGGACCUGCUGAAAUGAAGUUGAAAUUUCCGUUAUUUAACAUCGAAAUUGAUGUCCGUGAAGAAAGUGACGCUGAACGAAGAAGAAGAAAGUACAGGAAUGUACGGAAACAGAAAACUGAAAAGGCUGAAGAAGCUGAGGAAGCACCCAAAGUAGAAACUGAAACUGUGAAGAAACAAGUGACAGAUCAGGUGCUGAUGGCGAAGGUUGAGAAUAUGAACCACGAAAAGUUCCAACAGACUGAAGAAGUGAAAGCUUUGACGCAAGAAGUUAUUAAGACUAUUCGAGAUAUUAUUAAUUUGAAUCCAUUGUACAGAGAGUCCUUGCAUCAUAUGCUGGCGCAAGGGCAGCGCGUGGUGGACAAUCCGGUAUACCUGAGCGACCUGGGCGCGGCGCUUACUGGCGCCGAGCCUCAAGAACUGCAGGCCAUCCUAGAAGAACUGGAUAUCCCCAAAAGAUUGAUGAUGUCACUAUCACUGCUGAAGAAAGAAUAUGAGCUGUCCAAGCUGCAGCAGAAAAUUGGCAAAGAGGUCGAGGAGAAGGUCAAGCAGCAACAUCGAAAGUACAUUCUCCAUGAACAGUUGAAGGUGAUAAAAAAAGAAUUAGGUCUAGAAAAAGAUGACAAAGACGCAAUCGGCGACAAGUUCCGCGAACGUCUGGCGGACAAGACUGUGCCAGAGGCAGUGCAGACGGUCAUAGACGAGGAGCUGAAUAAGCUCAGCUUCUUGGAGAGCCAUAGCUCCGAGUUUAAUGUAACCCGUUGCUAUCUGGAUUGGUUAACCUCCCUUCCAUGGGGGAAGACAUCCGAGGAGAACCUCAAGUUGGACGACGCUCAAGUGAUCCUCGACGAAGAUCAUUACGGUAUGGACGACAUCAAGAAGAGGAUAUUGGAGUUCAUUGCCGUGUCACAACUGAAGGGCUCCACGCAGGGCAAGAUUCUGUGCUUCCAUGGACCGCCGGGCGUCGGGAAGACUAGUAUAGCCCGUUCGAUCGCGCGCGCCCUGAACCGGCAGUACUUCCGCUUCUCGGUGGGCGGCAUGACAGACGUGGCGGAGAUCAAGGGCCACCGCCGCACCUACGUGGGCGCCAUGCCCGGCAAGCUGGUGCAGUGCCUGAAGAAGACGGGCACCGAGAACCCGCUGGUGCUCAUCGACGAGGUCGACAAGAUUGGCAAAGGCGUCCAUGGCGACCCAGCAUCAGCCCUUCUGGAGUUGCUGGACCCAGAGCAGAACGCGAACUUUUUGGACCACUACCUGGACGUGCCCGUGGACCUUUCCAAGGUGCUAUUCAUCUGCACCGCCAACGUCGUCGAACACAUUCCCGAGCCGCUUAAGGACCGGAUGGAGCUCAUUGACAUGUCAGGCUACGUAGCCGAAGAGAAACUGGCAAUAGCGCAACAGUACCUUCUGCCCACAGCGCGUAAAAACUGUGGUCUGAGCGAGGAACAACUAGAUCUGACCUCAGACAGCCUCCACGCACUGAUCAAAUCGUACUGCAGAGAGAGUGGCGUCCGGAACCUGCAAAAGCACAUCGAGAAGAUCGCCCGCAAAGUCGCGUUCAAGAUAGUAAAAAAAGAAACAGACAAGUUGGUUGUGACGGAUUCGAACUUAUCCGACCUGGUUGGCAAACCGACGUUCAAGCACGAUCGAAUGUACGAAAUCACGCCGCCAGGUGUAGUUAUGGGCCUAGCCUGGACUGCGAUGGGUGGCAGCACCCUGUACAUCGAGACGGCCCUCCGAAAUACGCACCAAGACGAGAAGUCUCCCUUCGGCUCCUUGGAGCUGACGGGCCACCUGGGCGACGUCAUGAAGGAGUCAGCCCGCAUCGCCAUGACGGUCGCGAGGAAUUACAUGGCCGUUUACUAUCCAGAGAACACUUUUUUGAAUACCAGCCACGUGCACCUGCACGUGCCGGAGGGCGCCACGCCUAAGGACGGCCCGUCUGCCGGCUGCACCAUCACCACGGCGCUGCUGUCACUGGCGCUGCGCCGACCUGUGCGAUCCGACCUGGCCAUGACCGGGGAGAUCUCCCUCACGGGCCGCAUCCUGCCCGUCGGCGGAAUCAAGGAGAAGAUCAUUGCAGCAAAACGAGUGGGCGUCAAGGUAGUAAUUCUUCCAGAAGAGAACCGUCGCGAUUUUGACGACCUGCCCUCCUUUAUACGCGAAGACAUCGACGUCCAUUUUGUUGCGGAGUAUGAAGACGUCUUUAAGGUUGCCUUGGAACAGAUAACACAAGAGGAAGAUAUGCAUAGGACUGCCAGGGUUUAAAAUCCUAACUGGCCAGAAGUCACUAUAACCUCACCCAGGUCUUAAGUCGCAUGUUUAAGUGGUUCUUACGUUACAGAGAAGAC